AGCAAGAAACUUCCUCAAGACAAAACGGAAAACGCAGGACGGCCAACCCGGCCCAAGACCAAGGUUAUCAAGAAGCCAGCUCAUAAGAGAAAAACCACCGCUUCAUCUGACCCAGCCAUUGAUGAUGAUGUGGGUAAUCCGGAUCUUGAGGUAGAACUUGAUUCACUUGGCUUGCUUUUUACACGCCUUAUUGAUGAUAAUGCUUGUCAGGAUGACGCUAAAGCCAGCAAUGCGGGUUUUGUUGAGGUAAUCAUUCUCUCUUCCGAUUCAGAAAUCAUGCCUUUGCCAAAAUUUCGCCGGGAAAACCGGAAAGUUAAAUUUUCUUAUCCUUUUGCUUAUCUGGAUUCCCAAUUUCUUAUGAAGACCCAGCAACACGAAGCUCGCCGCACAACCCGGCACAGUGGCCAGGUAGUUACCUCUGCCGGUUUACCAAACAGUCCGGUUCGAAAACGCCGCUCCGAGGUCACUUCUCAUUCAUCGUCUGGUGAAUCAUCGGCCACCCAGCUACCACCUUUGAAAACAGUUGCUGGGGCUAAACCGAAACCAAGCAAGAAGGCCCGCCUGGAUAGAGCGGCUGAAGAAGAUGUGGCCCCAGAACAUGACCAAGCACCUGAUCAUGAAGUGUUUACUUGUGAAGAUAUCCCCAAUGAUCAUCCUCUGCAAGACGACGUUAUCCCUGAAAAAGGUCCUAUUCAUAUUCCAGCCUCUGCUGAUCCGCCUGCCAGCUCUGUCCAGAUUGAGAAAUCCCACACUCCUGCUGACAAACCGGCCGCACCAACCCAAACCGGCGAGUCAAAAGAUGAUGAUGUUGUGAUUACCGGCGUAGGCCGCUCUGAACCUGGGAAUCCUGCCACCCUUACCAGGCAUACCAUCAAAGAGGAUUCUUCCCCUUUGAACAAAGGAAAAUGGGAUGUUGAAUUAGAGACAUACCUUAAAAUGCCAUCUGUAUGCAGGCUGAAGUGA